GCCCAACUCUAAUUCUUUCCACCAUUACCAAUUUACCACACCUACAUACAUCCCUAUCAUUUCCAGCAAGCUUCUCUUCGGGCUCUGCAGCUUUGGCCUACGUUCGAGAAUUCACCACCGUUCCUUGAUAUCCAGCAAAAAUGUAGGGAAGCUUAUGACCACUGCUGUGAAACCUGAAUUAGAAGAUAUGGAAGAUGAUGAAGAGCCACUACGCUUCAAACGUCAUAAUAAUAACUUAACAUCAAAGUUGCGCACAUUGAACUCUGAGCCAAACUCUUCACUGUCUCAAAAGCUUGAUGAGAGACAGGUAGGGAGACAGACAUCCAAUGCCAAUUCUCCUAAUGGUCAAAACUGUAAUCUUCAAAAAGACAAGAGAGUCCCUUCCGCCUCCAAGGCAUCACCAUUGAAAUCACCCUUGGUCAGUCCCAGAUCAUCACCACUCAAAUCACCAUUGGUCAGCCCACGAGCAUCUCCUCCACAAAAAAAGAGCUUACCAGCAACCACUGCAGUUAAAAAGGCACAACCAUCUGUUUCUGCAGCUAACCAGCCAACCAAUAUAAACCAAUGCAGAACAAACAAAGGUCACGAGGAAAAGCCAUCUGUUGCUCACCAAAAGGAUGAUUUGGACUCCGAAGAUGAUAAACCAUUGAGUAAUAGUCUACCUGGAUGGUCAAAUAACAAUUCCAACCACUGUAACAAUUUGUCUUCAGCCUCACCUUCAAACAUUGUCCCCCCGAAGGAUGAGGAUUCAGAUGAUGAUAUCCCCUUGUCAACAAGAAUGAAACGUAAACCUGAUAUGGGGACUUCUAAUACAAUAUCGUCUGAACCUAGUAAGGAUAAACUUGUACUUCCUAUCCAGAAGCCCAAUGGUUCUGUAUCCUCUACAGUCCCGAGUAAGAGAUCUCCAGCCGAGGGCAAAUCUACUGGUCAGAGUUUGGUUAAAAAGCCGAGGCUUUCUGAAUCACCUGCUUCUAUUAAGUCUACCAAGCCUUCAGUAAAAGCAGAAAAAAAGGAAUAUGAUGACGAAGAUAACAUUCCCAUAUCACAAAGAAUGAAGAAGUCACCUGGUCUUGUUAAUAAUAAGUCAUCAUCUACAAAGAGAAUCGGUGCAGUUUCUUCUUCCUCACAUAAAAUAACAAAGAGUAAAUUUAAUAAGGUAAAGAAGAACUCCAAAUACUCUCAAUCGUCAAUGGUACCCCCUAGCUCUGGUGAAGCACAAAAAUGGAGUACUUUGGUUCACAAUGGUGUAAUUUUCCCACCACCAUACAAGCCGCACGGGGUUAAGAUGCUCUAUAAGGGAAAGCCUGUAGACCUGACAGCAGAGCAAGAGGAGGUUGCGACAAUGUAUGCAGUCAUGUUAGAUACAGAAUACAUGAACAAACCUAAAUUCAAGGAGAACUUUAUGAAUGACUGGAAGAAAAUACUUGGAACAAAUCAUAUAAUUCAGAGUUUGGAGCACUGUGAUUUCAGACCUAUAUAUGAGUGGUAUCAGAAAGAGAAGGAAAAGAGGAAGCAGAUGAGUCCAGAAGAGAAAAAGGCGUUAAAAGAAGAGAAAAUGAAGCAAGAAGAGAAGUAUACAUGGGCUAUUCUUGACGGUAAAAAAGAAAAGGUAGGAAACUUCAGGGUCGAACCUCCUGGAUUGUUCCGAGGUCGCGGAGAACAUCCAAAGAUGGGGAAGUUGAAAAGGCGCAUCUACCCAAGUGAUAUUACGAUAAAUAUAGGAAAAGAUGCCCCAAUACCAGAAAGCCCCAUCCCUGGUGAAAGUUGGAAGGAGGUGAAGCAUGACAACACUGUAACAUGGUUAGCAUUCUGGAAUGACCCUAUAAACCAAAAAGAAUUCAAAUAUGUUUUCCUUGCUGCUAGCAGUACCUUGAAAGGGCAAAGCGAUAAAGAGAAGUAUGAGAAAGCAAGACUGAUUAAGGAUCACAUAGAUCGAAUCAGAGCUGCAUAUACUAAAGAUUUUAAUAGUAAAGAUCCUGUUAAGCGGCAAAUAGCUGUUGCUACCUAUCUUAUUGAUAAACUCGCUCUCAGGGCUGGCAAUGACAAGGAUGAUGCUGAAGAAGCUGACACAGUUGGUUGCUGCACAUUGAAAGUAGAGAAUGUUGAGCCAGAGCAUCCAGAUAUUUUGAAGUUUGAUUUCCUUGGUAAAGAUUCUAUCAGAUAUUAUAAUGAAGUUCGGGUUGAAGAAGCUGUUUUCAAAGCAAUUCAACAGUUCCGGAAAGGGAAGCGUGGCAAUGAUGAUCUUUUUGACUCGCUUGAUACAAAUAAGUUGAAUGCUCAUUUGAAAGAACUGAUGCCUGGCCUAACUGCCAAAGUUUUCCGUACUUACAAUGCGUCCAUUACAUUGCAAAAAGAGUUGGAUAGGCUCACGGAUAGUCAUGCUGAUGUUGCAGAGAAAGGAAGGGUAUAUCUAGAUGCAAAUAAGCAGGUGGCUAUCAUUUGCAAUCAUCAACGUAGUGUUUCAAAGACGCACGAUGUGCAAAUUUCACGCCUGAACAACAAGAUAGAAGAGUUAAAGGGUAUUUUGGAUGAACUGAAAACGGAUUUGACCCGUGCAAAGAAAGGGAAGCCUCCAUCAAAAACUGAAGACGGAAAGACAAAGAGAAAUCUGGCACCCGAAGCAUUGCAGAAAAAGAUAGAUCAAACUAUUGUGAAGAUCGAUAGAAUGGAAAAACAAAUAGAGACAAAAGAAGAUAUGAAAACAGUUGCACUCGGCACGUCCAAGACCAACUACCUAGACCCAAGGAUCACUGUUGCAUGGUGCAAACGGAAUGAGGUUCCCAUUGAAAAGGUAUUUAACAAGUCUCUUCUGGCAAAGUUUGCUUGGGCCAUGGAUGUUGAUCCCGACUUCUCUUUCUAAAGGAAAAAAUGGUUAACUGUAUGCUGAUAUAUUAUUAACUAUUCACAUAACCUCCAUGACACUGAUAUAUUGUAUUAAAGAGGCUGUUAAUAAUGUUGUCCAAAAUAAUGUUGUCGUGAAUGAGAAAUUGAGUUUGAAGUAUUGCGUUGAUAAUUCAUAAUGUAUUAAUGUUGUGCUUGUUGUUGUAGUCACUGGGACUGCUGUUAAUAUUAAUUUUAUGUUAUUUGGCAGUGCUAGUGCUAAUGGUAAUGUUAGUUAUUGUAUUACAUUCAUAUUAUUUACAUUCUCAUAUUUUUCACAUUUAUGUUA